CAAGGACUAAACAAAAAAUAAGAGUCAAAGGCGGUAUAAAACCUUAUUUUUUCUGUAUAAAAGCUCCAUAGCCCUAAAUCCUGUUUGACAAAUUUACAGCAAUUUCUCUGAAUCUGCAUAAUAUAACUUGUUGUUGCGGCUGAAGAAGAUGGAAAACGGUGAAAUCCCAGAGAAUGCUCCUGAACAUUGCCCAGGUCCACAAUCUGAAACAGCAGGAAAAUCUGAUUCUUGUAAAGGAUGCCCUAAUCAAGAAAUUUGUGCUACUGCUCCUAAAGGACCUGAUCCAGACUUAGUUGCAAUAGUAGAAAGAAUGGCAACUGUGAAGCACAAGAUACUGGUUUUAUCUGGCAAAGGUGGAGUUGGUAAGAGUACUUUCUCAGCGCAACUUGCUUUUGCAUUGGCAGCUAUGGAUUUUCAAGUGGGUCUCCUUGACAUUGAUAUCUGUGGCCCCAGCAUCCCAAAGAUGCUUGGUCUCGAAGGACAAGAGAUUCACCAGAGUAAUAUUGGAUGGAUACCUAUUUACGUUGAGUCUAACCUUGGGGUUAUGUCAAUUGGUUUCAUGCUCCCCAACCCUGAUGAAGCUGUCAUAUGGAGAGGGCCUCGCAAGAAUGCUCUAAUUAAGCAAUUCCUCAGAGAUGUUGAUUGGGGAGAGCUUGAUUUCCUCGUGGUUGAUGCUCCACCUGGGACGUCAGAUGAACAUAUUUCAAUCGUUCAAUUACUCCAAGAAACUGGAAUAGAUGGCGCAGUUAUAGUCACAACCCCACAACAGGUAUCCCUGAUAGAUGUUAGGAAAGAAGUUAGUUUUUGCAAGAAAGUUGGGGUGGAGGUUCUUGGCGUUGUUGAGAACAUGAGUGGUCUUUCCCAGCCACUCUCAGAUUUGAAAUUCACAAGAAUGACAGAGACUGGCGAGCAGAAAGACAUGACCGAGUGGGCCAUGUCUUAUAUGAGAGAGAACGCCCCAGAAAUGCUGAACUUGAUUGCUUGUAGCGAAGUUUUUGAUACCAGUGGUGGAGGUGCUGCAAAGAUGUGCAACGAUAUGGGUAUCUCGUUUCUUGGAAAAGUACCACUGGAUCCUCAGCUAUGUAAAGCAGCCGAAGAAGGAAGAUCAUGCUUUUCGGAUGAUAAAUGCCAGGCAAGUGCCCCUGCACUCAAGAUGAUAAUAGAAAAGAUAUUAGCUCAGAAAAACAUCUCAACAGAGAAUGGAGCAUAGUAUUUAUAACUUUUUUCUAGGCUUUCUGUACCUUUUCUCUGAUUAAAUUCCGGGUGCAUGUGACCAACGUUUUAUUCGCAAGGGAGAUCUUUUAGUAUGAAUGUAUUAUACAGUUUCUACUGAUUUUUGUAGAACAUUCCGUGCAUACAUACGAAUCUUUUGUGAUAUCAGUUAAGUUUAAUUGCUGUGAAAUUUUCCUCUU